CUAAUAAACUAUUUAAAAAGAGCUUUGCCACUUCCGAAGCGCAGAAGAAGGACGCAUAGGGUGAAGACCUUCAAUAUUGAAUUUCCUUAUUUUUGAGUUUUUUAAAAAAAAUUAUUUCUAAAAUGUCUGAAGAAAAUUCUGAGAAUUAUGUAAUCGUAACUGAUGAUGUCGUUGUUGAAGAAAUUCACGAACCAGUUGCCCUUUCUAACAGUGUUGAUAUAGAGCAUGAAUCUAAAGAACAAGAAGAUAAAGAAAUUAUUCAAGAAGAAAAUGAAGAGCCUGAGGAGGAAAAUAAUUCUGAUGAAGAAGCAGCAGCUAAUGAAGAAGAUCCUGUAGACCCGAUGGAUACACUUCGUGAAGCCUGCGGAAAAACUAAACACUGCUCUGAACUAAUGGAACUUUUUGAAAAAUGUGAAGAGAGAGUUAAGUCUAAAGCUCAUACUGAAGAAACCUGUGCGGAAGAAUUACUAGACUUUUUUCAUUGUCAAGAUGAGUGCAUGGCUAAAGAUUUAUUCAAGCAUUUAAAAUGAAAUCGUUUAUGUAUUAGAAAUUUUUACUUGAAUUAAAAACCAGUACUUCUACUGCAAAAUCAAUAAUUUUAAUGUA